CGUGUAACUACAAAACCUUAAAUUAACCAAAGCCGCUAGUCUAGGCCUACUUUUUGUUUCCAAAUGAGUGUAACUUUCAGUCGGCAGACAAAAGUAAGCUACUCAGAAAACGUACUUCUCCGUCAACGGAGUAGCCUAGCUGACAGCCCUCCCCUUUAUUAGCCUCUUCUCCCUGGCCACCAGAUUCGGGAUUGUUGUCUAAUCGGUUGCCCCGGCGGUGAUCGUUGGAUUUGAGCCCCUGGAGACUCCAUGGAGAGGGAAUGAAAUAGGACUUCAUACCGGGAUCAUGGCGGCGCCGCUCGGGCGGGAGACCUUACCUGAGCACUGGUCCUACGGUGUCUGCGUAGAUGGCAGGGUGUUUUUCGUUCACGAUGAAACGAACACCACUACUUGGCUCCAUCCGCGAACGGGCGAACCUGUCAAUUCCGGACACAUGAUACGGGCAGAUUUACCUCGAGGAUGGGAAGAGGGUUUCACGGACGAAGGGGCCAGCUACUUCAUAAACCAUAACCAGAGGACCACGGCGUUCCGGCACCCCGUGACGGGACAGGUGUCUCAGGAGAACGUUGAUUUUAUCCUCCAAGAACAAGAACAGGAGAGCACAUUCCCCUGCUAUGUUCUGAUGGAUCCGUCUCAUUAA